UGUUAACAGGGGAGCUCUGUGUGUUUGCUGGCUGCCUUGGCUGUUUGCCCAACUUGGCUCAUUGUGAUCAAGGCAUGAUCGUGGACUCCAGGCAGCCCUCGCCGCCGCCUCGGCUGCCUCGCGUCUGGACGCAGCCUCGCUAUCAGCGCUGACAUGGAAAGACCUGCACCUUGCGACCAGUUGCCCAGAAGGGAUCACGAGAAGGACUUGGAGCUGGACAAGAAGAUCGAGGCUCUCCGCAGGAAGAAUGAGGUGCUCAUGAAGAGAUACAAGGAGGUGGAAGAGGACAAGAAAAGAGCAGAGGAAGAAGGAAUGGCGCUGCAUAGCCGUAAGGGCAAAGCUGAUGAUCUUACGAUCACAGUGAACAAGUCCACCUGUGACAGUCGCGUGGUGGUGACCAAGUCCUUUAACAGUGGCUCACCUUCUGGGAAAGGACUAGAGGAAGUAGGAGCAGGCCGAGGGGAGGAAGUUACGAUGCAGGCUGCUGGCAGUGUAGGCAGAUGGCACAAGAAGCAGCUAAUUGUCACCAUGGCUGGUAAAAAGGGUAAGAGAGUGGUGUGUGAGAGGCCUGAGAAGAGGCAAGACCCCAAAUGUCUGUCAGAUGUGAAGAGCCCAACUGAUGAGGUACAAACUGGUAUUGUGGAGGCGGCGGGGACAGGGAAACAACCACGUUUCAAGACCAAGUUGGACAUUACAGCACAGGAGUUGGAAAUCACAGACCUUAACAUCCCCACAUCAAAGGAGGAGCAGGAGGACUACUUGCAGUGGAAAAAGGAGCGCGAGAAAAUUGACAAGGAGAGAGUGGCGCGUCACAAGAAUGCCAAGGGACAGUGGAGGCGGGCGUGGGACAUAAACAAAACAGAGAACAUGUUUUUAGACAAAUCCCAACCAGACAGAGCCUGGGUGCCUCCAAGUAGAGGAGGACGAAGCGCCAGAAAAGGACAGCAUAGGUCUGGUGCUGACACACGAGGUCAUGAGAAGCGAGGCAAAGACAAGUCAACUAAAAACGUACAAGUAAUGAGCAGCAACGCAAAAGGAAAAGAUCGCUUGACUGGGAGGGCCAGAAGGUGGGAACCUCAAGAAGAAGAAGAUAACCUACAGACUUCAGAUACACCAUUGGAGGAAUUGCUGGAGGAACUUGAUGCACUUACAGAUGCUGAGGCAGAAGAGCAGAGAGAUCAGGACUCAAAAACAAAGCUGUUGCUCAGUCCAGAUGUUUUAAAUACAUGUGAGGAAUUGCGGGGAUCCGAAGGUUCUUUGGCUACCUUGAGAGCAGACAUUUCGGUGCAGGAGAAAGCAGACAGCUCAUCAGAGAAGAAAGUGCGAUUCUCAGAGGAACUCGUCCUGCGGGCUCACACAAAACAAAUCACCGGCUCUCAGGACUCCGCCAAGUCUGAAUCAAGUCCAAUAUUCUUCUUAAAAGCUUCCUUGCAGAAAAAAAGCCAGCAAGAAGUGCUCCGGCAGCAUCUGGAAAGUGCCAAGGAGGAUGAAGAGAGUCAUUGCCAGCAGCAGGCUUCUGAAAGUAAAUGUACUAGAAAAGACAUCAGUGUCCCCGCAGCGCCUUGUUGCCCCCCUGCUGAUAAGGCCUGCGCUUCUCUACUGGAAACCUCUGUCCACCCUGUGGAGCUUGCCACAUGCAACACAAACCCAGAGCAACCUGUUGACUUGCGUGUAUGUGUCUUGAGCCUGGAAUCAGGGGAGUCACACCUGGAACACUUUAGCUGCAGCGACAAGAUCGAUCCACCUCCCGCACAUGCUACCGACAAAUAGCACGGAGUGGUUGCUCGUAUUUCCACUUCAUAGUUGGACACAUGUGACUGUGUGAAGUGGUUCCGGAGAGAGCUGCUGCAACACAUCUCUGGAAGACGGCCUUUUGACAGUUCAUUCACAUGAGAUGCCUCUUCAAAACCAUUGGCUCUGAACUCCUUCCUAUCUUAACUAUAAUACUGCUAAAAUGUGGGCUCAUUUUAAGUUUUAUUGUUUUAGCAAUGCUUGAAUAACUACAUACAGUGUAACUACGGCAUAAUGUCACUCAGUAGCAUGCAAAAGACCAUCCACUAUCUGAGUGGUUCGCAAACCUUUUACACAAAGUUCCUCCGAAAAAGAUAUUUAGCUCUCCAAGUACCAUCAUAAUGAUCAACAUUACAAUACAGCAAUGUAGUAGGCCUAAGUCUUGGUAGUGGUAGUUUUAUGCUAAAAAGGAUAUGUAAUAUUAUUACAAGCCACUGGAACAUUAUGCACAGUGUUUAAAUGAACACUGUGCCUAAAUAUAAGGAACCAAAAACUGCACUUAAAUAAUGAUUCAAAUAAAUUGUAUUGCAAAUCAAAGUAAAAUAAACUGUGUACUUAAAGGUUAAACAAUUCAAAACAUUCAUUGCAAAUGUAUUGUACUGUACUUGAAAGUUAAAUAUAACUGAACUGUACUUUAAAAAAUGUACUGUACUAAAAAAAGUAAAAAAAUAUAUACUGUAUUGGAUUUUUUUUAAAAAAGUUUAAACUGGCUGUAUGCAUAGCUACAAGCUUCAUUAUAUAAUAUUUGAUUAAAAAUAUAUUUUUAAAUGUAAAUGUCCAUCCAUCCAUUUUCUGUACCGCUUAUCCUCACUAGGGUCGUGGGUGUGCUGGAGCCUAUCCCGGCUAUUUCUGGGCGAGAGGUGGGGUACACCCUGAACUGGUCGCCAGCCAAUCGCAGUGUUGUAUAUAUGUUAUUUGUAUUUAAUUCAGUGAUUAUUUGUCUUACCACUAGAGAGAGCCCACGCACCACGAGUGGUAAGCAUACCACACUUUGAGAAUCGCUGGACUACCUUGCUCAGGGUCCCCCGUGCGCUGAAGUCUAACAAAGUUGACUUUGGGUAAGAGGCAAGGCAUAACCUGGACUGCUCACCAGCCAAUCACAGGGCACAUACAGUAUAGACAACCAACCAACCAUCCAAACUUAGUCACAACUACAGUAUUGUUCAACUUAGAGUGCCCCAUCAAUUCACCUGCCCGAACCAAGGACAGCUCACAGUAACAUGUGGGGGAAUACGGAUCUUUUUGAUUAUACGACAUACAUGCUCAGGAAAUGCCCCAAUGUGCUGCCCAAGCAAAAAAAGACUCUGUAAUUGACGAUCCCUAUUUUUCUCCAUGCAUUUCUGCUGUGCCUUUGCUGCAUGUCAUUUGCUAUUGAUGUUUUUCGAUUGGCAAAAAAGUGUACUAUUACUAGUCAGCCAGCAAGUCUGCUGAGAAGAUGUUAUAUACUGAUAGUAUACUAAUCUAAAGGCCCUUGUAACUUUUGACGAUACACAUCUUGACGUUACGAAAACAAGCACAAAUUUAAACAUUAACUUACCCUGUUGCUGUGCCUUAGCUCUGGACACUGCUGUAUUAUAAUCCACAGUCUCCACUUUGCUGCAGCUGUCCGUUUUCUUCCUGCCCUCAGUCUCCUCUUGAAUAAAAUGUGCCUGAUACAGGGAAUUCUUGUUAUCGUCCAUCGUUGUUUGUUAGCAUGUGUAGGUCUGGCUGACGCAGUUUCCCCCCGUUGCACUUUUGAAGUGGAAAGCCAACAAUCCGAGGUGUGCAGAACCAAAAGAAAUUAUAUACUAUAUAUGUCUCCUCUGCUCCUUUAUCCAGAUUCUCACCAAUAUGUCAUGUUUUCUCAUUUGCCCCAUGCAAUAAAACAUUUGUGGAAAUCUCA